GGCCCCAGAGCCGGUCUGGACACAGAGGCUAGAGGAAAAAUCCUCUGCCCCCGUCGGGGAUCGAACCCCGGUCGAUACAUAAUUGUACUUUAUGAAUUAUAGACUGCAGUCACCCAAUUUAAAUACGUUUACGUUACUAUUCAUGUAGAAACUGUUUUGUCCUUUGAAGGUGUUUCGUAAUAUGUAGGACGGAAGAACCGAGGAUAAUUAAGUCUCCGUGAGCUGUUGUUGUUCUCUUUGUCUGUCCUGUGUACGUCAAACAAUGAAGUAACCCUUGUACUCUUUAAAUCAAGUUUCGAAACAUCUGAUGAAGUGCCUGUAAGUGUCGUGGUGUUUUGAAAGCCUUUGAACGUCAGUUAUUAAUUAUUCAGCUUUUUAUCCUUCGUCUCAAACAAAAACAAAGUAUAACUGACGCCAAUGAGAAUUGCACUUGUGAGUCGCUUUCACAGUGGCCUGUGAUACCAAUCGACUUUAACAUAACUAACGAGAAAACACAAGGGUAGGAACUUCUGUACGCCUACCCAUCUCUUGUUCAGCCUCUCCAAAAUGCUUGGCCAUGUGUCAUUUUAUUUCGCAUUAGUUAUACUUGCAUUUAACGUUAUGUAAUCUAGGUGCCAAGGCUUAACAACGUCAUUGAAUCCCUAUAAAUGACGUUGUGUUUAUGGGCAGUGAGUGUGCAUGUCCACACCAGCGGGGCGAGGCGUUCGCACAUCCGACUCGUUCCUCAGACGUCUUGCGUGCAACGGGGCAGAGCGGAACAGAUCGGAGUUGAAUGUGCAUUUAUCGCUCAAAUUUAUUAUCGUAACAGUUUGUUCGUCACCAGCUGUUUGUAUACGGUUAACAGUUUGGCAGCGGGCCACAGUUUUGUUUAAGUAUUUAAUUUUUUUGGUAGUCAUUUAACAUAAUAAUAUUUUAUAAAUCUAAAUUCUCAAAUAACAUGGUGUAGCCUAUUGCUUCGUUAUAUGUGUUCAUGGAAACCCAAUUUGUGAUUUUAACUCUUUCCUAUAAACAUAAUACGUUUUGGCUUAGAAAUCUGUGUCCUUUGCUGUGAAUACGUUUAUGAGUUAAAUAAGUGCUAAUAGAAAGUAACUUUCGUGGAUGUCUGUCGACAGCUUAAGCUAUCUGUCACUUCCCACACAUGGAAGUAUGUGAAGAGAAGAUAUUCAGUUGCUAUGACCCUUAAUAAGAGCGAUUUGGAAACAGAUGUACUACGAUAACUUGAUUCAAACACCGAUCGUUCAUUUCUUAUUAAAUUAUAUUUUUAUACAAAAAUGGAUAACAUCAGCUUCAUAAGCAGUGAAAUUUUGAAGGAACUGCCGCAUGUGUUGGAAUCCUGGUGGAAGAUUAUUGUGACCGUCGCAAAUCAGGUAAACAGCGGUCUCUUUACCAACUUUGUUUCCUCACGAGUAUGGUCGGAAGUCGCCUCGGGAUACGUGAAGUCUCUGGGUCAUGGGAUUAACAUAUAUUCAACCUGGUGGACUGUACCAAUUAUACUUCUGUUCACUGUAUCUUUGCCCCUUUAUCUGGUCCAUUAUCGGACACAGAAACGGCUUAGAACAAUUACAUCUAAUUUACCAGGACCAUCGACAUUGCCAAUUUUGAGUAAUGUUUCAGCAUUUACAGGUUGUAAUUUUGUGCAGUUUUUUCAAGAACUUGUUGAAGCCAUAAACAAAUAUGGACCAGUAGUUCGCUUCUGGAAGGGGGAUAAACUAUAUGUAGUCUUAUCAAAUGCAGAAAGCAUUGAAACCCUUCUCACCAACAAAGCACUGAAUAAAAAAAAUACGUUCGUUUCAAGUAUUGCCAGUAGUAAUGGUAUAGUAACGUCUGGUGAUAAAUGGAAAAAUCAUCGGAGAAUAAUUUCAUCGACCUUUAAUAGCAAUGUUCUAGAUCAGUUUAUGGGAAAUUUUGUUGAGAAUAGUUCGAUCCUAACACGAAAACUUAAAUCACUUGCUGGCGGCUGCAUAGUUGACAUCUACCCGUUCGUGUGUGCAUGUGCUCUUGACGUAAUGUGCGAAGCAACUAUGGGAACAAAUGUAAAUUCCCAAAUGGAAGGAAACGGUGUAUUUGUGAAAAUCUUGUUGUGCGCCAUGGAGGAAGUAGGGGAAACAUUUAAGAAGCCUUGGACAAUAGAAGACUGGAUACACUAUGGAAAGAAACGAAAUGAGAAAGACAAAGAAAUUUGUGCGAAAUACUUUCAUGGAGUUGUUGAUAAGGUGAUUGAAGAUAAAUUGGAAUCGCAUCGCAAUGGAUUUCGUCAGAACAGAGACGGGAAGCAAGUAGAAUAUUUACAGUGGAUACGAGGGAAGGAAAUGUGUCUGCUGGACCUGCUGAUACAAGACGCCAAGUUGUCUUUGGAUGACAUCAGGGAUGAACUGUGCACCCUCAUAGUCACCGGUACCAGGGUGACGGCCCUCACAUGCUGCUACGUGUUAUCAUUAUUAGGAGUGUACGAGGAAGCCCAGGACAGAAUCUUCGAAGAACAGAAAAAUAUCUUUGGAGAGGACAUUCUCAGAGCCGCUACUAGCAGUGACCUCAGCAGCAUGAAGUACCUCGAGCAGGUUAUAAAGGAGACGAUGCGUCUUUAUCCUCCAGUGCCGCUUCUCUUUCGAGAAAUUGAAGAAGAUACUCAACUAGAAAACGGUUACAUCCUUCCGAAAGACAGCUGCGCUGUGAUAUUCAGCUACAUGACGCACAGGAACUCUGCGUACUUCUCCGACCCGGAGUCCUUCAGUCCAGAACGCUUCUCAGGUGGCAGCCACCCUCCUUACGCUUAUAUCCCCUUCGGUGGUGGGAGCAGGAUUUGUGUGGCGUACAAGUACGGGAUGAUGGAAGCCAAGACGAUCCUGUCCGCAGUUCUCAGGGCGUACCGCAUAAGAACGCCAGGGGGAGUCACGUCCUUGGACAGGAACCUUCAGGCUGGCGUGGUUCUGACACCAGCAAACGGGUUCAGCGUCCAGCUAUUUCAGAGACCAGUGAGCAUGAUCUCCAAUGAUUCGUGAUGGUUGGAGGUUGAAGUCUUUUACUCGAAGUAUCUGUGAUGACGACGCAGAAUAUUUUAUGUUGAAAUGAAAUUUUAAAGAAGAUAUGAUGAUGCUGUAUAGCUAUUUUCCUUUUCUUGUUUCUUCGCUCUCUCUUGUUUUCUUUGCUUCACAUUUUUUUUAAUUUGCCCUUAUUACUUCAUGUCUUUUUUUAAAAAAUCUCUUUUCCUUCUUGUCUUUAUUUUUCUUUUGUAAAAUUGUGUGGGCUUACUAUGUAGCUUAUGCUAAGAUAUUUUUCACAGCUUUCCUCCACACAGUCCCCUUAAGUUAAAGCAGCGCUUGUAAGAGAAGCUUUUAUUUCCUUUCUCUUAAUUUCUGUAUUGCGUCAUAUAUUUUGCAAAAUUAUGUAUUUUACCCCCUACUUCAAAUCAAAAAGGGCUGUGUAGAUGUCACAACGCCAUUCUCUCAUCAAAUGAUCCAGUCUUUAGAGGUGGGAUACAAACAGCUGUGGGUUACCAUAAACAAUAAGUGAACAAUCAGCGUUUAUAAUUCCCACUGACACAGAUAUUAAUUUAAAUUUGUCAGACACAGCCUCAAAGUUUCGCAUCUUAGCAUUGUUCUUCAAUUUUAAAAAUUACAAAAAUUUUAUGCAUAUUUGUUACCUUCAUACUAGGCAUAAAUGACCCAAUAAUUACGUCUAUCAAACGGAAAGCUUAUUCAUCGCCCUGAUGAUGGAGGCAGCAAGGACCUCUGAAAAGUUGGUAGACAUCUACCAGACUGCACGUCGCAACAACCCAGAAGACAGAAAUCUUCAGACUCGCCGUCGUGAAAACCUCAAAUCCUACGUAAUACUGUUGCUUCAUAUUCUGGCCUUGUCUUAAUAAGAAGUUGCAUAGGCCUUUUUUCUAAUAUCAAGUUGUAUUACGUAACGUUUUAGGACUAUGCAGGCUGGUAAGUGUCUCCAUUUAAUUUUCUACAUCAGAAAUUUGCGAGUCCGUCAAAACCAUUGGUGUUGUUGAUCUAGCUGCCAGUGGUAAAAUUGUCGUGGUAUUCCGAAUGUCUGCGAAGUCUUUCCGGAACAGUAAAUCGAUGAUGCCAUAAAUAUAGGGUAUAUUUUCUUAUUUAAAUUAUAAGGGAAUUGUUAAGUAUGUAAUAUUUAAUUGGCUCUUAGCAUACAUUGACAGGUAUUUUUCUUCCUCCCAAAAAUGUUUCAGAACUAUAUUUAUUCUCAUGAGACUUCUAUAUAAAAAACAAGACAAUGUUGAAUUGUGUUCUUAAUGUCGCCCAUAGCGUGGUAUACAACGUGUUUAUAAGAAAUAUAGUUUCUGAACCCUAUCAAAUUGUGGGAAUUUCCAGCCUCACGUUCCAUUCAGUUGUACUGCGUAGCUUUUAAAUUAGUGUAUAAGUGAAUGAUAGAUGAGAAAGCAUUAUUUUUUCUGUUUGCAUUGAUAUCCAUAUUGGUAAACCUAAUUUGUUGAGAGUAGCCUUAAAUAUUCCUAAAUAAAAGAGAGGAAGCUUCA